AUGAAACCCAGUCCAAGUCACACCGUUCAUCUUCUCGAGGAAACCUUCAAGCACAUUGGAUUACCCUCACGAUUUCAGCGCGAGCAGAACCCCAAGCUCGACCGAGAGCUUCUAGGAACUAUUCAAGCCUAUCAUGUCUCCCACAUCCCGCGAGGGGGUUACUGCCUGGAGAACAAUAUCCUCUUAUACCAUGUAUUGAGACAUUUAGGGUUCGACUUGUACCUCACCGGCGCUCGUCUCUUUCGAGAUGCAAACAAUCCUAAACCGGGUUGGUCAGGCUGGGAACACGCCGUGACCAUCGUUACCCUUGCAGACAACUCCAACUACAUGCUAGACGUCGGCUACGGCGGCGAUGGGCCAACCACCCCAUUACCCCUGGUCCAUACCUCCAACCCCAUCCCCAAUAUUGGCACGCAGGAGAUCCGCCUCCAGAAAAAUGAAGAAUCGUCGGGAGAGCGGUCACACCCCUCCAACAAUCCUAGUACUAACGCUUGGACCUACCAAUUCCGCAACGGCAGCGAACAAGCCUGGCGGGUGGGUUAUGCCUUCCAUGAACUCGAAUUCUUCCCGCGGGACUUUGAGGUCAUGAAUUUCUACACGAGUCAGAACCCGACCUCAUUCCUGACGCAGCGGUUGCUAAUUAUUCGGUUCCUGCAACGCGCUGACGGGGAGGUCUACGGGAAAGUGAUUCUGGAUCAGGAUAAGAUGAAGGAGAAUCGGGGAGGGAAGAAUGAGUUGGGGAAGGUGUGUAAUACUGAGAGUGAACGGGUGGAGGUUUUGCGGAAUGUUUUUGGGGUGGACCUUACGGAGGAGGAGAGAAGAGGUAUCUGUGGAAAGGUGUCGGCUUUGCCCGUCUGAGGUGUGUCCAUAGUAGAAGGGGGUAUUGAAUUAUAUAUUC